GAAUUGUGAGUAGAAUUCGGGCCGAUUCUACAAGUUAUCAUUUGAUCAAUGUGAAUGAGAUGGUUUCAAAGUACCACAGUUAUGUCUACGCCAAAGCUGCCUCGGAAGACAGGUUCUACUAAUCACCCUGACUUCAUUAACCCUUCUUUCUUCAAAUCCAUUCGCCACAAUCAUAGAUGGGCGUGCACUCUCUGUCCUGGGGCGCGAAAAACACCAUACAUGACCUAUCAAGUCGCUAGACAACAUGAACGAAACUCUGCGGAGCAUGCCUCUCGCGUGAAACAGCGACAAGAACGACAACCUCAACAACAUGCGCAGUCCUCAGCCUGGGACCAACCUUCCAUGAUAAACCCAUGGGAAACAACCGGUCCCUCAGCGGACGCUUGGCUCGUACCCGCGACAGAGCACCACAAUUUCACGACCAUGACCAAGGAACAACUCCGAUCCAAAGAGCAUCAAUACUUCGCCGAUCAAGUCGAUGACAUGAUUCCCUUUUGGAUACGCGGGAUCGAAGCUGCUGAACGAGGAGAGGUUUUAAGGCUGGAAGAGUUCUUAGAUUCUUUGGAGAACGAAGCCGAUACCGAUACCUGGCCUCCGCGUGGUCCUAAUCCUUGGACCCAUCGUGAUCGACACUCAAACUACGGAGGUCGAGCUUGGGAACAAACGGAUUGGGAUAAUCAUAAUGAUAAUAACGACAUUGCGAAAUGGAUCGCUGAAGAGUCAGUUUCGUCUGCGGAGAGUGGCGGUCGGGUUAUUGGGCGAUCACACAGCAGUAAUCACAGGGUCAUACAGUCAAAAUCAAAAUCUCAGCUCUUCGAGUCGGUACAGGAUGGUGCCAACUCCCUAGUCGAAGUUGUAGCUCGUCAAAACUCAGCCGACGAAAAUCGAAAGCGGGAAAUGUACUCCUUUCUCGAGGUUGGUGUUCAUAUACAAUAUGUAGAUACAGAUAUUGUCUCUUUCAAAAAGUUGUUGCUUGGGGAUUUCUUUAUAAUCGUUUCUUUUUUUUAGUUAUCGACAAACGAAAAGGUC